AUUGAAACAAUACUCACUAUAAACUUUAAUCGAGCGUUCGGUCAUCGUCGGAAUUGGUAGGUCGGCUUUGAGAUAACUUUGCGGAAUGAAAAUUCACCAUGCGCCUUAUUAGUUGGAACUUACUGUUCUAUUAUACAGGUUAUGUUGCAUCACUGUUACUAGAAUCUUGUUUUGUCCUCUAGUUAGUGAACCUCGUCUUAAUGCAGCUUUAGUCAGUACCUACAAUUUAUUAACACAUACAUACAUUUUACCUACUUUGAAAUUAUCACGCAGGCACUAGCAUACUAUGGCAAUAAGCUAAAUAUACCAGUAACUGUAGUUCUACCAGUAUUCACUUUAUCGAGUAUUGUGGAAAAAUGUCAAUACUAUGAAGCUACAGUUAUUUUGAACGGUGAUUCGCUAGCGGAAUCAAAACAUCGGGCAUUUACUUUACUUGCAGAAACUGGAAAAACUUAUUUAAAUAGGUAAUUAAAUAAUAUAAGAAAAUGAAAUAAAAAAAAAUACCAUAUCCUGAUAAAUAGAUAUUGACAAUCAAACAUUUCACAUUAUUUUUUUCAGCUAUGAUCACCCUCACGCUAUCGCCGGGGCGGGAACUAUCGGACUUGAAAUAUUGGAGCAAUUGCCUCAAACUGAUGCAAUACUCAUUCCCGUUGGCGGAGGAGGUUUAAUCGCUGGAAUCGCCACCUAUGUGAAACAUUUUAAACCAGACGUUCUUAUUUAUGUAGUGUAGACUUACUUUCAAUACAUAAUUCAUAUUUUGUUUUCAAGGCAUAAAGCAAAACUUUCUUAGAUGUAAACUUUAAUUUUUUUUUUUAUUUUGCACAGGGUAUCGAACCUGACAAGUGUUGUUCCUUUUUCAAAGCAAUUGAAAAUGAGCGUCCUUAUAAGACCGCGGUCUCACAUAGCCUGGCCGAAUCUUUAGCUGUCCCGACAGUUGGUGUCAAUGCAUUUCACACUGCACAGUCUUUGAUAAAUAAAAUGGUUCUUGUAGACGAAGAUUGGAUAACACGUGCCAUUCUGCACUUACUGGAAAAUGAAAACUUCAUAGUAGAAGGUGCUGGAGCGGUCAGUAUGAGCGCCCUCUUAGCUGUACCCGAUAUACUGCCGGAGUUGCGAGAAAAAAACGUAGUGUGCUUAAUCACUGGAGGAAACAUUGAUGUGGUCACAUUGCCAAAAUCCUUGGAGCGAGCAAAAGCUGUUGAAGGUCGACUGAUAAAACUGACGGUAACAUUGCCAUUAAAUGGAAUGAAAGAACAGUCGAAAAUUCUCAGCAUAAUCGCCAAUGUUGGAUGUAAUAUCUUACGUAGUUACAUUGAUCGAGGUUGGACAGAUAAUGACUUCUAUACAAUAUAUCUUACACUAGAAAUAGAAACAAAAGGCCUGGAGCACGCAUGCAUUUUAAAACGAGUACUGGAGCGCUUAUUUCCCCGCAAAUGUGACUUCAUAGAAGAACCUUUCAGUCCUAUACCAACAUGUAGCUGUUUUCCUAAAAAGUUUGGCUAAUAUUAAUUCAUUAAAUACUGUUGAACACAUUGGCAAUGCUUUUAUUAUUGCGUACCAAAUAAAACUAUGUAAUACCAAUGAUGAUAUAAUUUAUGAAUAAUGAGAUAUGUUAUUAUUAUUUCGUUAUCGGAGUGAUAAAUUGACUCUUUCUUCAUAAUUUUGUAAGAAAAAGAAAACAAAACUGAAUACAAUGUAUUAUGCUCAUGUUAUUGUAGUAAACAAGCUUGUUUAUUUGGAUUUACCCUUGGAUUAGACGUUUUUGUUAGUCCAGCAAAUAAACAAAAAAUUUAUACAGCUAUUUAAAAUUUUCAAUGUUACCUGUUAUAUAAAAAUAUUAAUAUCACUAAAAAUCAUGAAAUAAAAACUUUUGUCAAAAAGUUAGAACCGACUUCAAACUUCAAAAAAGUCAUAUACAUCAAUAGCACUUUUGAAUAAUUCGGUUUUGAGAUAAGUAUUAUUUAUCACUUUUUUAAAGUGUGAAGUCGGUACCAUUUUUUUUUAAAGUUAUUUUUCUCGUACACUUUUAUAUAAGCACUAAAUGAUUUCCCUCAUAGUUUAUAUCCUAUGCUACCCGCGUAAGAUUAAGCUUUCCGUAGGUGACAGAAUUAUUAAAAGCGGUCCAAUAGUUUCGGAGCUUCCCUCUUUAAUAAAGACUUUUAUCGAUUUGUUAUUAUAACACAUUAGAAGAUCAAAGAGAAUUUAACUGACAACUUUGUACCUCUUUUA